AGUCUGUACACGGAAGUUAUUCAGGACUUUAUAUGCAUGGGAUUUGUUCCUCUCGGUAGCUUCUUUUUCUCUCUCUCUCUCUGUAUAAUUAGCUUUUUGCUCUGGCGGUCAGCUAAACCGUAAUGGCGGUGAAUGUCGCGGCAACCUGUGCGGAGAGUCUGAGCAGAUAAUGCGCAGGUAUCGGUGCAACGGUAGAAUCAGCAGAAGGGUCAAUGGACGCCAGGAGCUGAAGUGCAGCUGUUUUGACAGCUGGGUUGAGCCUCCACUACCUGGUCUGUGAGUCCGACAGAAAGAGCUGCCGAGGACAGACAAGAAACCGAGGUGUAAACCCAAGAGAGGGAGUUUUAUUUUUGUGCAGAGACUUUUAUCUGCGCCUGUCAAGUUGCUUUUAAGGCGCCACUGAAGGAAGAGGAGGAAAAAGUCUCGUUUUUCCCUUUUCUGUGGCCAGCAACCCACCGACCCGUGGCCAUGGCUUCGUCCCGGCUGAAGUACCUCUCUCUGGGCGUGCUGGUGUUCCAGACCACCUCCCUGGUGCUCACCAUGCGCUACUCCCGCACCCUGCAGUCCGAGGGCCCGCGCUAUCUGGCCUCCUCGGCUGUGGUGGUGGCCGAGGUCAUGAAGAUCCUCACCUGUGUGCUGCUCGUCUUUAAGGAGCACAGUUAUAGCAUGCGAGCUCUGAACAGCAUCCUGCGUCAGGAAAUUGUCCAUAAACCCAUAGAAACACUGAAGCUGGCAAUCCCCUCGGGGAUCUACACACUGCAGAACAACCUGCUGUACGUCGCCCUGUCCAACCUGGACGCAGCCACCUACCAGGUGACGUACCAGCUGAAGAUCCUGACCACGGCUCUGUUCUCAGUGUCCAUGCUGGGCCGCAGGCUGGGCGUCUACCAGUGGCUCUCCUUGCUGAUUCUUAUGGCCGGAGUGGCUCUUGUGCAGUGGCCCUCGGACUCUGCUGCUGCUCCGGAGAAGGAGGCCCCGUCUGCAGGCUCUCAGUUUGUCGGUGUGACGGCGGUUCUGGUGGCGUGCUGCUCCAGCGGGUUCGCCGGUGUCUACUUUGAGAAGAUCCUGAAGGAGAGCAAACAAAGCGUCUGGGUCCGCAACAUCCAGCUAGGGAUGUUUGGCCUGGUAUUUGGCCUUUUCGGGAUGCUGGCCUACGAUGGGGAGAGGGUGAAGGAGUCGGGAAUGUUCCAGGGUUACAACACGAUCACCUGGACUGUUGUAGCGCUGCAGGCGCUGGGUGGUCUGGUCAUAGCAGCGGUCAUCAAGUAUGCAGACAACAUCCUCAAGGGCUUUGCUACAUCGCUCUCCAUCAUCCUGUCAACUCUUAUAUCGUACUUCUGGCUGCAGGACUUCGACCCCACCGGCGUCUUCUUCCUGGGGGCCAUUUUGGUCAUCAUGGCCACUUUCUUGUACGGCUAUGAAGGCAAGCCGUCCCCCAACCCCAGCAGGGCGUAGGACACUCACGGGCUGACACUACUGCAGCGGUAGGAGGUCCCGCUGAAGCGCCAAGAGGAGGAGAGGAAAGGAGGACGGGGAUAAAAAAGAGGGGAAAGGUCUUUAUAAUACAGUGUGAUCACAAAGAGGAGGAGGAAACGAGGAGGUAAGCAGGUUGGAAACAGAGGACAGGAAAAA